GGGCCGACUAUAUAUAAAAACACAUUCAUUAAAAAUAUUUAUAAGCGUAUAAAUGCCACUGUUCCUGUUCUCAACUCUUUUAGUAAUAAAUUAGGAGCGGCUUAAAAGAAGAAAAAUGCACUAUCAAGAACAGAUGGAGUCUCUUAUGCUGGGAGAAGAACGCAGACGCGGAAACUACGUCAGAGACGCUGACGCUGACGCUGACGCAGAUGAAGGUGCUAACUCUCAGUCUUCUUUUCCAAACUCUCCUGAUGAUUCGGACCGUCGAAGCUCUUCUUCUUCUUCCUCAAGGAGAGGAUUAUCGAAAUAUUACAAAGGUAAAUCACAGUCUUUCACAUCGUUGGCCGAAGCGCUAACCGUGGAAGAUCUCGCGAAGCCGGAGAAUCCAUUCAACGCAAAGCUUAAGCAGCGAAGAGAAAGCCCUCACUGUCGUAGAUUAUCCGGAUGUGGCGGCGCAUCGGAGCGAAAUCUAAGUGGUCACGACGUUUUUCUUGACAGGCCGCCGCGACUUUCCGGUAACAGACCGCCUCUUAGAGCCCAGACGCUCUCGGCGGCUCAUAUUUCGGCUUUGCUCACUCGAACCUAAACCGGGUUUCGUUUUGGGACGAUGAUGUGUUUCAAGCUCUUUUUGCUUUCUAAUUUUUGUAUAAGUUUACUUUAAAAAAGUGUUCGACUCUUUCGAUAAUUUUGUAAUUUUUCCAGUUUAAAUAGUAUGCACUUAACAGAGUAAAUAAAUAUAAGUAACUGACCAGUUUUCUUA